GCUCCUCAGAGGGGGCAGACCUGGGGACGCGCGCGGGCCUCCUCGGGUGAUUGGGCAGAUGUCUUUCCUCCACAGCUUCCUGUCCUCCCCGGGGCCCCAAAUCAGGUGCACGAGAAGGGAUCGUCCGCAGCCUGGACAGGCCACGGUCCUGGCCCGGCAGCGGACUUUGGAGGAUGAGGAGGAGCAGGAGCGUGAACGAAGACGGCGGCACCGUCACCUGAGUUCUACCACGGAUGACGAGGCUCCCAGGCCCACCCAGAAUGGAGACCGGCGGGCUGCUGAGAGGCUACCCAGUGUGGAGGAAACAGAGGCGCCCAGGCCAUCACCCCCAGUCCCCAAAGAUGAGGAUGAAGACAUCCAGGCCAUCCUCAGGACACGACAGGAGCGGAGACAGAGGCAGAGGCACAAGGCAGUGGAAGACCAGGUCCCCGUGCGGGAGAGGCUGGAGGCUGAGGAGGGAAGGGACAGCUCCAGCCCCGAACAGGUCACGCAGCAGCCCAUGGAGCCCAAGAAGGAACUGGAGGCCCCACCCCGCCGGAGACUGAGCCAAGAGCAGCGGGGCCCUUGGGCCCAGGACGAGGAGUGCUUCCAGAUCAAGGAGCCGAGAGCGGGGACAAAGGGACUUCCAGAGAGGACCUCAGUCUUGGAGAAGUCCUCUGUGCUGGAGAAGACUGUGGCACCCACAAAGAGACUGGUCUCAGAAAAAUCCUGCCUCUCUGAAAAGCCUCUGGCCCCAGAGAGGACAGCUCUGAGCCAGAAGAAGGCAGCGCUGGAGAAGAAAGGCACCCCAGAUAAGUCUGCUCCAGGAAAAUCAAGCGUUCUUGAGAAGUCAGUGGCCCCUGAGAAAGUACCUGUGUCUGAGAAGACAGCAGCACCCGAGAAAAGGUCCACAGCAGACAAGAAAAAAGAUCUAGAAAAAGUCAGUGUCUCUGAGAAGCCACCAGAGAAAGCAUCUUCCCUGGUGUCUGAGAAAACAUCCUUCUUUGAGAAGUCCUCAGCCACUGAGAUAAAGCUGGUCACCAAGAAGGCAGCUGCAUCUGAGCAGCCCCGGGCCGCUGGGGGAGGCCGGGCCAGCACACUGGAGCCAGAAGGAAGGGCCGUCUCCGGGAAGAGCCCGUCUUCCUCCGCAGCAGAGCGCAAGGGGCCUGGCCCUCCAGCUGUGGCCUCCCGCUUCCUGCCCAUCACACUCCAGGUGAGAAUCCCCAGCAAGGAGGAGGAGCCAGACACACCUUCACCCACCCAGGUCACCUAUAGCACCUCUCUCAGACGCUCCAGCCCCAGGACCAUUUCCUUUCGGAUGAGCCCCAGGAGAGACAACUCAGAGACAACCUUAACCCGCAGCGCAAGCGUGAGAUUGCCGGCCAGCACAGUGAAGCUGGACGAGAAGCUGGAGAGAUACCGCACGGCGGUGCAGAGAUCGGAAUCCGUCCGGUCCCAAGGCUCCUCCCGCACUGAGUUCUUUGUGGCUCCUACGGGUGUAGCCAGCAAGCGCCACCUCUUUGAGAAGGAGAUGGCUGGCCAGGGCCGUGCGGAACCGGCCUCCAGCCGGAAGGACAACCUGAGGCUGUCUGGGGUCGUGACGUCAAGGCUCAAUCUGUGGAUUAGCAGGACCCAGGAGUCGGGGGGCCAGGACCCCCAGGAGGUGCAGAAAGAGGUGGCAGCUGCCAAGAGGACUCAGUGGGCCAAGAAGUCAGAAUCCUCCCUGGAUGCUGAGGUGUGACAGGCCUGCGGAGACAGCCCUACCAGUCGGCCUCGCAGAGGCUUCCUCCAAGCCAGGCCCUGCCUCCCGAAGCAGCACCUCUGCUUCUCACUGCCCCGCUGUCUUUCUGCUUUUGGAGCCGUCUGGUCAGGGCCCUUGGGGACCGGGGAUGUCAGUGACACCCAGCCAGCUCCUUCCCAAUGCAGCCUUUGGGGGCAGCUGUACCCUGUCCGCUUCUUGUCCUGCUGCUAGUACCGUAGAUCUGGGUCCCGGAUGCAGCCUGGCAGCAUUGCAGAGUGUGUCGUCCUCGGAGGCCUCCCUCCCUCCUGCCUAUUUCUGGUGUCAGGGUCAGGAUGGGGCUGCCUCUCCAUUACUCCAGGGACACCAGUCUCCUCUGUUCCUGGCAGGUGCCUUCAUGUGCCUGUGAAGCCUCCUGCACUGAGGCCUGGACCUACAAACCCUAUUCCUGGGGGGCCGCUCCCACCUGCCAAGGCCCUCGGGCCCGGGGGAAGGACUGUCCUCACACCAUCCACGUGCCCCAUGUUCCUGCUUUGUUCUCCACAUCCUCCCUCCCAGCUUCCUUUUCCUGGCCUGCUGCACUGGCUGGGAACUCAGAGCCUUUCUGUACAACAGCUUAACCUACCCUCUCAGAAAGACCUGUUCUCAGGAAGGGUCCGAUAAACUCAUUCACUCUCAGG